UCAUCGUCGAGGCAGACAAAUUACGGUAAAAUAUUCGCAAAAUAUGUCGCCGAUCCAAGGAAUCUCUUCGUUAUCAGCUCUGAUUUUUGUCAUUGGGGUAAACGUUUUCACUUCACACCAUAUGAGCACAAUACGGGUAUACCAAUUCAUGAACAAAUUGCCGCACUCGAUAAACAGGGAAUGGAAGCGAUAUCAUGCCUUGAGCCCGGUGCCUUUAAUGAAUAUUUGAAGAAGACACAAAAUACAAUAUGUGGACGUAAUCCAAUCAGUGUCAUGCUACAAGCCGCAGAACAUUUCCGUCAGAUGAACAAUCAUUCAGCUGAAUUACGAUUUCUAAGAUAUUCUCAGUCUAAUCAGUGUCGUUCCCUGAGUGAUUCAUCAGUAUCAUAUGCUGCUGGUGCACUCUUUAUCAAUCCUCGACAUUGA